AUGUGUCUCAUUUGUGAACUUUCUUGUGUCUGUUCUCUGUUUUGUGCUCUUUUCUCCUCCCGUAUAGCUCUUAGAGAUCACAGAAUCGAGCUGGUGCGGGCCUCUUCUCUGGAGCUCACCAUCAGGAUUAGUGACGUCAGCCUUUCAGACGAGGGCCUGUACACCUGUUCCCUCUUCACCAUGCCUGUCAAGACCACCAAGGCCUUCCUUACUGUUCUGGGAGUGCCAGGACGUCCAGAGAUCACAGGAUUUACCAAGCCAGCCAUGGAAGGGGAAGAAAUCACCCUGACGUGCUCCACAUCAGGCAGCAAACCAGCAGCCAACAUCAGGUGGUUCCGAAACGACAAGGAGGUCCAAGGCAUGAAAGAGGUCAACGCUUCCGGAAAGUCGUUCACAAUAACGAGUAGCCUCCACUUCCAGGUGGACAAGCGGGAUGACGGCGUGGCCUACACCUGCAGCGUGGAGCACACGUCCCUGUCCAACCCCUACAUGACCACCGAGGUCCUGGAGGUCCACUAUGCUCCCCAAGUGGAGAUCACACAUUCAUUGAUUAUUCCACAGGAAGGACAAUACUUCAAAUUGGAGUGUGUUUCCAUAGGCAACCCGAUACCUGAACCUGUGCUGUGGUAUAAAGAUGGCGGCGAGCUGCCUGAUAUUGAGCGGAUGAUUGUGGAAGGAACAGAACUUACCAUCACCACACUCAACAAAACAGACAACGGCACAUAUCGCUGCGAGGCCAGCAACCACGUGGGGACCAGCUUUGCUGAAUAUGUAUUGUUUGUAUACGCUAAAGACUUUCCAGGGCCCACGACAGAUCCAAACGCUCUGGGGCAGCACGUGCCCGACCACGCUCUGAUCGGCGGCGUGGUGGCCGUCGUGGUCUUCAUCACCCUGUGUUUGAUAAUCGUUCUCGGACGAUAUCUGGCCAGACAUAAAGGAACAUAUCUAACGCACGAGGCCAAAGGAGCAGAGGACGCGCCCGACGCCGACACGGCAAUCAUCAAUGCUGAAGGAAACCACGUGCACGCAGAGGAAAAGAAAGAGUAUUUCAUUUAGGUUUCUGGUCCUUUUUCCUUUUCUUUUAACUCUCAACGGCAGACAUGCAAUUUGAAGUGGCUUCAGUGUCACUACAUAAUCUGUUCUACUUUUCAUGUUACUCUUGUCUUUUACAGAAAGUUCAUGCUUGGAUAUGCUUGUUUUUCAAAGCAUUAACUGACUUUCUCCUUUUGUAAUAAAUAGAGACCAUGAAUUAGUCCUUUUUUCAGUUUUCUGGUGCCUAAACGCUGUACGUUUUCUUUGCAUUCCUGGAUUGACUGCAUUAACGUCUUUCUCUACUCUCUCUUACUUAAUGUGAUACAGAACUUUUUUGCAGAUUUUUUAAAAAUUCUGAAGGAACAUCAAAUGUGCUCCAUCUUUACGUAAAAAUCAGGUCAUAGCUUUUCAAACUGUCUUAUUACAACAUGGGAAGUGAAUAAUUUGUCAAACAUCACCUUCAAAGGAAUCUUUUUAGGGAUCAUACAGUUGUCCUGGGUGUUGCCUGGAGAUUAUCCCACCACAGCCAUAACAUACAUGUUUUAAACAUCAUAAAACAGAAUUUGAUAGAGCAAAAUGUAGAAGCACAAUCAUUGUGAUUGUCAGAUGAGUUUCAAUCUAUCUUUGCAUUGUCUGUAUAUCACUCCACAGAUUUAUUUAAUUUAUACAUGCUUUGUUACCUUAUACCAACAGAGAAGUUAGAAAAUUAAAGCACAAAGUCUGAGGACUAACGUAGAGGGAAAACACAUCAACCAUUUAUUGUCUCAGGAUUCAAUAUGAGUCUAAAUGAAGAUACAAAGUCCGACAUGUGACUUUCACUUACUGUCAUGGAUGUGAUUGAUUAUUUUAUUCUAUUUGAUGUAAGAUCCAAAAUGAGUGAGUGGAACCUUGUAAAGGUUCAGUUUUUUAUGUUGAUUUUCAUUGAACAACUAUGCUUAAUGUAUGGAUAUUGCUGUAAAAUACUUUGCUAACGUGAAUAUUGGUGAACAAUAUUGUCGAAUCUUGGGAUCCCUGACUCAUUGAAAUUUAUAUAUUAGCAUAUACUUUAUUCAAACCACUUUCCAUUUCUCAUUCCCCAUCUAAAAGUAGGCCGUUUUGCCACAAGGCAUAUAAGUAUUUGAUUUCAGAAAAAGAGAGAAAAACACUGUUUCUAGCUUUUGAUUUUAGGUCACAUCAGUCUCUGUCACUUUGAUAAGUGUUUUGAAGAUUUCUUCAAACAGGUAUUCUAAUGAACUGCUUGAAAUAAAAAGAAUCUAAAUAUGUGUAUUUAUUAUAACUGAUUGACAUUUAUUAUAUGAUACUAUUGAUCGAUAUUAUUGCUGUUAAUACUAAAGUAGUGGUCUGACAUGGACUUUUUCAUUUUUUAAUUCUGUAAUCUGUCAUGAAAAAAUGUACAAGGAUCACCAUUAUGGCCUUUGAGUUUUGCUGCAAACAGUACUGACAUGUUGAGGCAUUGGUGAAUCAGACAUCCCCUCGCUGUAAAUAAUCACUGGAUCAAAGACACUGAAACAUGUUGCCAAUGCUCAUACAUGUUAUUUUGUUAGUUCAUUAUAUUGCUAUAAAUACUCAUUUUGUAUAAAGUUUUAAUUGCUGUAAUUAAUUUGCUUUUUAUGGAGGAUGUGUUAGGGUUGCUUUUUUUCUCAGUAUUGAAUAUUCAUUUUUCAACUAUGCCACUGUAAAAAAAAAAGAGAAAAAUGAAAAAAGAAAGAAAGUACGGAUUAAAAUAUGAAC